AUGGCUUACAGUCCCGAGUACAUCAACAGCAUGAAGAAUAGCAAUCAACUUCACUUUGGCCAUCUCAAAAGUAAAGCAGCCGAGCCGGUAACACCACCGGUGUGGCUGGCUAACUUUAGUGAUGGUCGGGGGGGAGCUGGUCCCGUUCAUUUGGUUGGUCGCUACGGUAAACAACCAGUCUAUCGAACCAGUAAUGCUGUUGCUAGUUACUUAAAAAAUCAACAACAAGACAAUAAAUUUACGAUUUUUUGGCCGCCAAUUUUUUGCGACCUUUGGAUCCCACAAUGCGAUAUACUCCAGACGGACUUCCUCAUCCGUGACACCGUCCCUGCAUUUGUUCCCUACAUGGAAAAUGUAGCCCAAGAGAAUGUCCCCAACGCUGCCGAUUCCAACAAAAACAUCCAUCAUCACCCGUCCUCACCUAGCCAACCUCAAUGA